UUCUCUCUACACCAAUAAAAUCACAGAGUCCCGCCGUGUCAUUUUAACAGGGAAGGAGGAAACUGUCUUAAAGAAAAAGAAAUGUGUCUAUAGUCGGUAUUAUUACAUGUUUGUGCUCAUAUACAACGAGCCUGUUACAACUAUAAGUUUAGCCUUUAAAUCCUGGUGUUUUUGUUUUGUUUAUUAAAGAACACUAUAUCAGACAAGAUGAGCACCCUUCCUCUCUCACGCUCGGAGGUGUUUGGGCAACUGAGGAAAGAACUACAUGAUGAUGUGGAAUUUCACCAGUCCGAUGUACAUAUCUUCAUCAUCAUGGGUGCUUCGGGAGAUCUUGCCAAAAAGAAAAUCUACCCAACUUUGUGGUGGUUGUUCAGAGACGGUCUUCUCCCUGAACAGACAUAUUUUGUGGGAUUUGCUCGUUCUGAUCUGACCGUAGAUGCCAUACGCACGGCCUGCAUGCCCUACAUGAAGGUGGUAGACUCUGAAGCAGAGCGCCUCGCUGCGUUCUUCAGUCGAAACUCUUAUAUCAGCGGGAAGUACGUGGAUGAAUCCUCUUUCACUAACCUGAACACUCACCUGCUGUCACUGCCUGGAGGAGCUGGGGCCAACCGCCUCUUCUACCUGGCCCUGCCGCCCAGCGUUUACCACGAUGUCACCAAGAACAUCAGACAUCAAUGCAUGAGCACCAAAGGCUGGAACAGGAUCAUCGUGGAGAAACCUUUUGGCCGUGACCUGCAGAGCUCAGAGGAGUUAUCCAGUCAUCUCUCUUCUCUCUUCACUGAGGAACAGAUUUACCGGAUAGACCAUUACCUAGGCAAAGAGAUGGUCCAGAACCUCAUGGUCCUCAGGUUUGGAAACCGGAUAUUUGGACCCAUCUGGAACCGAGACAGUGUGGCAUGUGUGGUUCUGACCUUCAAAGAGCCAUUUGGUACCCAGGGCCGGGGAGGAUAUUUUGACGAUUUUGGUAUCAUUCGUGAUGUGAUGCAGAACCACCUGCUGCAGAUGCUCUCUCUGAUUGCCAUGGAGAAGCCCGCAUCCACCAGCUCUGAUGAUGUUAGAGAUGAGAAGGUAAAGGUGCUGAAGUGCAUUGAACCUCUCACUCUCUCAGAUGUGGUCUUGGGUCAGUAUGUGGGAGAUCCAGAUGGAGAAGGAGAGGCUAAAUUGGGUUAUCUAGAUGACCCAACUGUCCCUAAAGGCUCCACUCAGGCUACAUUUGCCACAGCAGUGCUUUAUGUAAAGAAUGAACGCUGGGAUGGCGUUCCCUUCAUCCUCAGGUGUGGAAAGGCUCUGAAUGAGAGGAAGGCGGAGGUGAGGCUGCAGUUCACUGAUGUUCCUGGAGACAUCUUUGACUCUCAGUGCAGGCGGAACGAGUUGGUGGUCCGCGUGCAGCCCAACGAGGCCAUCUACGCCAAAAUGAUGAGCAAGAAACCUGGAGUCUAUUUCAGCCCUGAGGAGACAGAGCUGGAUCUGACCUACCACAGCAGAUACAGGGAUGUUAAGCUGCCUGAUGCUUAUGAACGUUUGAUUUUGGAUGUCUUUUGUGGCAGUCAGAUGCAUUUUGUACGCAGUGAUGAGCUGAGGGAAGCCUGGAGAAUCUUCACUCCUCUUCUUCAUCAGAUAGAGACAGAGAAGACACCACCCAUCAAAUACAAAUACGGGAGCCGAGGUCCUGCAGAGGCUGAUGAGCUGGUGCAGAAGGUGGGCUUCCGCUACGAGGGGACAUACAGAUGGGUGAACCCACACAAACUGUGAAAGAACAGAACCACAGAGAUGAGAGGAGCUGAAGCCUGUUUCAAAAAAUCAGCCCAAGAGGAGUGCCUGAGAAAAGAGAGAAAAGGGCACUUAAAAAAAAAAAAGAA